CAACAUUUACUUGAGAGACGACUUGCUGCAAUAAUUCAAUAUCCCUACCUAGAGAAUUGUUGUCUUUUUCCCAGUCUCUUGCAACAUAAUAAUGCCUGUUUACUUAUUUCUCAUCCUCAAACCCCUAUAAAUAUGCUGCCGAGAGCAUGAUAAUUGAAGGCAUCAGAAAUUUACUGCAGAUAGAAAGCAUGGAUAUUAAGGUAAUGGAGCAGAAGCUGUACGAUGCAUGUUUGGAAGGAGACGUGGAGAUGUUGAAGGAGUUGAUGAGAGAAGAUGGCCUCACUCUUGCUCAACUUUCGAUAUCUUCUUGCUAUAACCAAACACCCUUGCACUUAGCUUCCAUGUUAGGUCACUUCGAAUUUGCUAAAUCUCUUCUUUCUUAUAAGCCUGACUUUGCAAGUAGGUUGGAUUCACAAGACCGUUCUCCUCUUCAUGUGGCAUCUGCUAAUGGAUAUGCGACUAUCGUUAAACUGUUGUUGGAGUAUGAUCAGGAAAUGUGCCGAGUUCAUGAUGAGGAUGGAAGGACCCCUCUCCAUUUGGCUGUGAUGAAUGGUCAACUUGAGUCUGUUAUUGAGUUGAUGAAACUCAACUCGUUUGAUGAUGAAGAGACAGUAUUUCACUUGUGUGUUACUUAUAAUCGUUUAAAUCUUCUGAUUCGUUUAUUAGAGCUGAAUUUUCAGGAUUUGUCAAAUAUCAAAGAUGGCAAUGGCAACACUGUUUUACACACUGCAGCAGCCUUGAAGCGAAUGCAGAUGAUUAAGUACCUGGUCAAGAGUAGAAAUAAAGUGGAUGUGAAUGCAGUGAACAAAAAUGGCCUCACAGCUUUGGACAUAGUAGAGCAGAUGCCCAAAGAUUUAAAAACCAUGGAAAUUAAGGAGCUUCUUAUCUCCGCCAACCAUUCCAGGGUUAAUGAGGUUGUAGCACCCACCAAGAUUAGCACAGUAGCUGAUGAUAACAUAGAAGAAGGAGGUGGAGCAGCUAAUGACGAAAAAUUUCACGACAGUAUAAUCAAUCUGGUAAAGAUGUGGUGGAAUAAGAUGAAAAAUUUCACCAUCCUUCAAGAGAAAUCUGCAACACGAGACGAGUACGUACUAAUGGCAGCAACUGUAAUAGCUGCCAUGGCUUACCAAGCAGCUACUAGCCCUCCUGGUGGAAUCGCGGGAGUGGAUGCCACAGAAGCUUCAGCUCCUGACCCUUACGGUCAAGGUUUUCAUCUUCAACCCGCAGAUUCACUUCUAGCCUACUUCUACUCAUCACUGAGCAAUGUGUUUUGGAUAUCGAAUACCAUCUCAUUCAUGGCUGCUCUAAGUGUCAUCUUUCUUUAUGUAACUGGAGCCACUCUGAAACAGAAGCUCUUCAUCUGGCUCAUACGGGGAGCCAUGUGGAUAACUCUCACCGCAAUGAUUGUGGCCUAUGCCUGUGCAGUUCGUGCCACCACCCCAUCUUUAGAUUUUACUACCAAAACACUUCGUGCUCUCGUGUACGCAAUGUGUGUUUGGAUGGGAUUGAUUCUCCUAUCCAUUUCAGCAGUUACUUAUCGUGCCAUUCGCUAUGUUGUGAGGCGAAUUAGAACAAAACGUGAUAUGAGGAAGAAGAUUAAUACAAGCAACUCUUUCACCCCCAUCGCAUCCCAGAAUGCUCAUAUCGUGUCUUUCAACUCUCAAACCUAGCUGCAGACCUAAAUUUGAGGAAAUGUCAAGACUGUAUUAGUAUAGAAAUUUAACUAAGUGAUAUGUUAAGUUCAGCUAAUCUAGACUCUAGAUAUUAUUAUUAUAUAUUUAGAAUGAUCUGAUGUCAACUAUAAAAUUCGUGUAGUGAACUAUUUCAGUUAUCAGAUAAUUAAAACCUAGCAUUUAAAUAUCAAUCUUCCA